AAAAUGUUAAAAACGGAUUUUGUUCACAGAUAUUGUUCGAACACCAGCAGCUAGAAAGGGUCCUCUUGUAUGUAAUACGAACUCCAGACGAGGCAUGGCACAAACCCAAGUUGAGCAAGAUGAACAACAGAUUCCAGGACAACCACAGCAAACUGAAGGAGGCUCUGGCAUAUUGGGUGGGUUGCUUGGUGGUUUCUUCGCAAAGAAUCCGACAGUGCCUCUUAACGAAAAUGGAUUUCACCAGAACCCACCAAAUCGAAAUGCAUCCCAAAUUCGACCAAAUGCACCUAUGCAACAACAACAAAUUCAACAUCAACAGCCACAAUACAACCUACAACAAAAUAUGAAUAACAAUAACCGUUAUAUUGCACCACUCGGUGGUUCAAGAGUGCAAGGAAAUGACCAACAACAACAAAAUUUACAACAGCAACAAAAUUUACAACAGCAAAAUAUGCAACAAACUCUCCAACAAAAUCAUCAGCUCCCACAACAGCACUCACAGCAACAUACGCCACAGAAAAAAACACGCUAUUUCAUAGCAAUGUUUGACUAUGAUCCCAGCACAAUGAGUCCCAAUCCAGAUGGAUGUGACGAGGAACUUCCAUUUCGAGAAGGAGAUACUAUAAGGGUAUAUGGAGAUAAAGAUGGGGACGGGUUUUACUGGGGUGAACUACGAGGUAGAAGAGGAUAUGUACCCCAUAAUAUGGUUACAGAAAUAGAUGAAAGCCAAACUAAUCUGGGAGCGUCUAGUUCAGUUCCUGUUGUCAAACCAAUUGCAACGACGACGCAAAGCAUGCGAAAUAUAAGCAGAGAUCGAUGGGGUGAUAUCUACGCAAAUACGCCUGUUAAACGAAUGGUCGCACUUUAUGACUAUGAUCCACAAGAACUUAGUCCAAAUGUUGAUGCGGAACAAGUGGAACUUAGUUUCAAAACUGGUGAACUUAUACUUGUGUAUGGGGAAAUGGAUGAAGAUGGAUUUUUCAUGGGUGAACUGGAUGGGGUCCGUGGCCUAGUGCCAUCAAACUUCCUGGCUGAAGCACCUGAACAAUACAACAAUCAGAUGUCCUCAAGUGGUAUAAACAUGGCGGCACAAAGAAACUUAAACAACAGAGGAAAGGGUCAAGGACCAGGAGCUAGAGGACCACCUCCCCCCCCACGAGAAAUGGUUAUAACAGAUUCUUAUCAACGUGGUACCAUUAGAAAAGAUGCUCGCCCUGCUUCCCCUACACUGUUAGACAACACGGGCCAUCCUGCCCCCGAUCACUCAACGCAGGUGAUAACGGGAGCCGGAGGGAUGAGCGCCGAUGGCAAUAACGCGAUAUAUCAACAAUAUUCAUCUUCAAAUCAGAAACAACAAGACUUUACUUCUCAACAAUAUCAACAGCAAUCUAUACCGACAUCACAGGCUUCUGGGGGUGGUCUUUUCUCUGGAGCAACAAGCUUACUUUCUGGCGCUACACAGGCUGCCACAGGAGGACUUUUUGGUUCGAAACCUAAAAUGGAUUCAAAAGUUCCACCCAAUACUGAACAGCCAAUGCAGCAACAGUCACAAGGGCUUGGAGGGAUAUUUGGUGGAGGAAACCAGCAACAACAAAAUGAACAACAGUAUACCCAGCAAAAUAUUCAACAAAAUCCUCAAGAGCAGCAGCCCGGUCAAGUUCCAGGAUUUAUGUCAAAAUUGAAUGUCAUGGCUGCUGCUGCUCCAGGGGGUGAAAUGCUGUCAAAAGCAAAAGAUUCCAUUUUUGGAAAAUUUGGAUUUGGUAAAUAACCCUGGACAUUACACAGUUCUGAUUUUUUUAAAGCUGCUAUUUAAGAUAAAAUUAGCAAAUACAUAUAAUAAAGAUUUGAUAAACAUGUAAUAUAAAUAAUUCUUCUCUGAAUAAGCAUAGGUUUGUUUCUUUUAAGACCAAAAGAGAUUGCACGAAAAAAACGAUGUAGUGUCUAAACAAUUAUUAAUAACAUAUUUACCAUUAAAAAAUGUAAUAAAAACUACCUACUGCACUCCAUGGAGAAAAAAUGGAUGCUUAGUUUAAGUGAAAAGAAAUACUGUCUAAAGGAUGCUUCUUUUUUUAUAAUCAUGUCGUUUUGUCGUCCAUCUUCGUGCUUGCAAACAAAUAGCUAGUAGGCAAAAGAAAAUAUAAAUCGAUUGUCUAUGAAAGAUAAAGAUACGUUAUUUCUAUGUACAUUCGUAAACAUUAAUAAAUAUUAGAAUAACUACAAAAUUAAAUAAUAUAAAUAUGUACAUAGAUAUGAAAUAUUAUAAAACUAAAAAUGGCAGAAAAGUAAAUGUAGGAUUUCAUGAAUUAAUGUUGCUUAUAGAGCGGGUUCCACAGUUCUAGCCAUAUAAGGCAACCAUUUGUUAUUGAGGUCACUUUAAGGAGAUACAAUUAUUUGGUAAUCUUAUCGCUUUCGCUUCCUUUAUGUGAGUUAUGAUGGUUUUAAUGAUCUUAAUAUUUAUUUCUUUAAGUGGUUUUUACUUUGGCAAAUUUUACUUGGCUCUCAAUUUUUGUAUUUUGCUGUUAACUAUUUUUUCCGUUUUAAGUAAUAUUUUUUUAAUUGCCCCUCCCGCUUAAACGGGGGAAGAUAGACCCCCUCCCACACUAAAAAAUGCUUGUUUUUAACUGUUCUUGAAAAAUCCUUUGUAAUAUUUUAAAUUGCGUAAAAUAUUUUUCUAAGAUACUGAUACAAAAGUACAGAACUUUAUAACUUGAAAAGAGAGCGAAAACAAUAACAUUACUUCACAAGUCUUUUGGCUUAAAAUCACCGCAACAAAAUAUGGCUGUCAUCUGAGGAGAUGAUUGUGAAACACCCUGUACAUGUAUGUGCGUAUGUAAUUAAUUAUUUUAUACUUCUUGAAUGCAAUUUGUCAUUUUUUUAGUUUUGAUUUCCAAAACUAAUAACUGCAAUACAAAAUGUAAGGAACUAAACCUUAAAAUGUACUAAAUAAUAAAUUUUUGUAUUUGAAAUCAAUUAAAUCUAAUUUCAAAAGUUGAACAUAAGAAAGUAGAAGUAUAAGGUAAACAUUUUAAUUUGAUUGUAUAAUAAGAUUUAAUCUUUUUAUUUAUAAGUAUGUUGAACUGAGUAGACUAAUAUUAAAGUUUCAAACUUUGUAAGUCUUAGUCCCUUUGAAUGUAUCUGAUAUUAAAGCUCAUAAUAAAACUAGCCAUCUUCUUUGUUAAAUAUUAAUAUUUUCUGUUUAUACUUACACACAUAAUUCCGAGACAAAAUUAUUUGUGAUCUGCAUUCAGAAAAGAACCUAAUUUUAUGUAAUAAAUUCUUAACAUUUUCAUGUUGUGUUGUAAAGCAUGAAACUGGAA